AUGCCCGUGCUGAGCUUCCAGCUACGCCAUUCUGGCCGCGUCGGCGUCGCAUACCUCUGCCACCUCGACGCGUGGGUACCGGACGAGCUCCGGACGCACUGUUCCGUGUGCCGCGAGACGUUUUCGUUCUUUACUCGCAAGCACCACUGCCGCCUCUGCGGCGAAGUCAUCUGCAUGCGCUGCUGCCGCUACAUGCGAUUUCACGACACCCACCGCGUCCGCGCGUGCGUCGACUGCGAGGUGCAGAGCCGUCUCGUCUUCUCGGAGCUUCCCCGGCCAUCGCCCUUGACACUGCCAACCACCCGACAUCGCGUGUACGGGCACGACGCGGCGCACGACGAGGAUCGCAGCUUCGCCUACUGGGCGAUUGCAAUCCUCUUGAGCGGCAUGUGGCUCCACGGCGAUGCAGCGUUCUGGCUCCACGGCGAUGCAGCGUUCUGGGUCGGUCUCGUUGGCCUCUUCCUCAUCGGAACGAGCAUGCUGCACCUGCUCUGGCCGUGUCUGAUGACGCUGCCACCGACGCGCACCCCGACCAAGGGCUAG